GGAUCUUUCAACUGAGAAUGGCAAAUUACAGUGAUGACUUGAACUACUACAGUGAUGAUAAUUACAUAUUUGACGAUGAUAUCUACGAUUACAGUGACGAUGUGAAUUGUUCCAACCAAAGCCUUCCUGCAUCGUACAUCUAUGUACCCAUGCUGUAUUUUAUUUUCUUCUUCAUAGGUUUUGUGGGCAACCUCUUUGUGAUUUUAGUUAUAGGCAGCAGGGGAAAGAUGGGCAGCCGGCUGGUGGAUACAUUUGUGGUCAACCUGGCACUAGCUGAUCUAGUGUUUGUGCUGACCCUCCCUUUUUGGGCCAUCUCUGCCAGUCAGCACGGUCACUGGAACUUUGGAGACAUAUCCUGCAAGCUGAGCAGCUACAUCAUUGCUGUCAACCGCUUCGCCAACAUAUUCUUUCUGACCUGCAUGAGUGUGGACCGCUACCUGGCUGUGGUGAGACUCAUGGAUUCACGGUUCCUCAGAAGCAAAGUUUGCAUACACAUCACCUGUGCUGUGAUCUGGUUAACCUCACUUGUUAUGGGCACUCCCUCACUGAUUUACCGUAAAGCAAAGAUCUUUGAUGAUGAACCUUUCUGUGUAGACGACGAUGUCUCAACUCUGUUUCUGGGCCUGAGUCUCACUACAGUGUUCGUGACAUUUGCUCUGCCAGUGCUGAUAAUUCUCUUCUGCUAUGGCUCUGUCGUUGCCCGCCUACGUCAGCCCUGUGCUGCCACAAGUAACCCCCGCGCUGAGGCCCGACGACGGCACUCCCUCAAGAUGGUUUUUACCAUCAUAGUGUUCUUUAUGGUGUCUUGGCUGCCCUUCAACAUUUUCAAGACCAUCAGUAUAUGCUUUCAUCUGGCUAAAGAUGAAGCUGAUCUGAGCUGUUCUCAGUCAGUAGUGAAUCAAGGACUCGUUCUCUCUAGCUGCCUUGCCUUCCUCAAUAGCUGUGUGAACCCUGCCAUAUACUUUUUCCUUGACCACCAUUUCAAACGGAAGGCAAAGAAUCUGUACUUAAUAUGCAUUCGAAGGCGUGGAAUGCAUCAGGGCUAUAACUCAUCAAAUUCACUGACCAACAAUUUCACCUCAGAAAGCUACGGGACAAGUGCCUCGAGGACUCGACUCCAGUCACUUGACAGAAAACUCUGAUCCAAUUUCAAAUUUAAAGCAAAUUAUUUAAGGAUUGAAGGUUACAAUUAAGGUACCAUUUAAAAACAUAUAUAAUAUAGUUUUUUUUUGCAAUUAAAUGUUCACUGCAUUGGAUUUACAUAAAAAAAAUAUGUGA